UUUGCAAUGACCUUGUUAGUUAUUGAAAGACAAUUAAAAAUUAUGUAAUAUUUUGUGAAAUUUUAUUUCUGUUUCAAAAUCCUUAAAUGCAUCUUGUAUAAAAAGUGAAAUUAGCCUAAAUUUGUUGCUAAAAUUAUUUUCCAAAUAUAAAAGUUUCUGACGUCAAAGUAAAGUUGAAUGUGAAAUUGGGAGUGAGAAAACUGACAGCGAACAUUUGAAAGAGAUAAUAUUUUUGCGAAAAAAAUACAUUCGCAGAUAAAAUAGUGUGUGUACGUGCUUAAAUAGCACACAAUUUUCAAUUGCUGGAAGUUCAGUGACUAAUUUAAGCAAAAUAUUGAAAACAAAAUGAGUCGAUUAGUUGAUAAAAUAAAAGGAAUGGCAAGUCAGGAGGAUCCUUUACAACAAGGAUAUAGCAGAGUAAGCACCAAUCCUGACGUGGGGAUUGAGACACUUUCAAAUUCAACAACAUCAACAAGUCUAGACACAGUAGUUAUUGAUACAUCUACUGAUAAUAUAUCAAAUUCUCCAAAGUUAUUGAAACAAAAGCCAAGAACUUUUAGUCCAAUACUCGAAUCAGAAGAUACAACAAAUCCUUUUGCCGAAGAUAUAAAAGAGUUGGCAAUAAGAACAAAGCAGGGUAUUAAAUUUGACGAAGACGAAGAAGAAGAAGGUGAUCGCUUUGAUGAAGAAGAAGCAUUCAGAAAAAAACGCGAACACUUUCAAAAAACAAAAUCAAAAUCAGAGCACAAAAGUAUUUUGAUAAGGGAUCUUCGUGCCUUUCUAGACGGAGGUGAUAGAAUAAAUUAUCAAUCAAAAAAACAUGUUUCACUUGAUGUAAAAUCUUCAAAACAGUUAGAAAAUCUGUUGAAAGGUUCCGGAUCGUCAGAGGAUGAGUUUGAAAAUCAACGGAAAUCAUUCCAAGCAAGAAAACACAAAAGUUUGGACCCUCGACAUAUUUCAUUCAAACUAGAUAAAGAACCAUCGCCGGAAUCUAGCAGCGAAGAAGAUUACGAUUGUGAAAGAACUAGUUUAUUACAAAUUGAUCCUGAUAUAACAAAACCAGUCGUAAUUGAUUUGAAAGACUUAGAUUCUUCCAGUGACGAGGAAGAAGAGUUGCAGAAUAACCGAAGACAAUUUCAACAAGCCAGAUCAGUUAGUAGUGCCUCAAAAAAAUCAAUUAGUUUCUUUGAUAUGGAACUGAACAAUAAGGAUGACAAUCUGCGUCACACUGUGCCAUUUGUUCGACAAAUCACAGAAGAUGGAAAACCAAAGUUAGAAAUUUAUAGACCAACAACAAAUCCCAUUUACAUUUACUCUCAGAUUUUGGCAGCCAUUGCUGUUUCAAUGGGCUCAAUGGUAGUAGGAUUUUCCUCAGCAUAUACUUCUCCUGCAUUAGUAUCUAUGAGAGAUCCGAAUAUCACAUCUUUUGAAGUCACAGAACAAGAAGCAAGUUGGGUUGGCGGAUUGAUGCCUCUAGCAGGUUUGGCAGGUGGUAUAGCUGGUGGUCCUUUUAUUGAGUAUAUAGGACGUAAGAAUACAAUUUUAGCAACUGCACUGCCAUUUAUUGUCGCAUGGUUAUUAAUUGCAUGUGCUAAUUCUAUAUGGAUGGUUUUAGCAGGUCGUGCUCUCUCAGGAUUUUGUGUUGGAAUAGCGUCACUUUCUUUACCCGUUUACUUAGGAGAAACCGUUCAACCGGAAGUAAGAGGAACCUUAGGACUCCUACCAACAGCUUUCGGUAAUAUUGGAAUAUUGCUGUGUUUUGUCGCUGGUAAAUAUGUUAAUUGGUCGGGUUUGGCAUUUUUGGGAAGUGUUCUUCCUGUACCCUUCCUAAUAUUAAUGUUCUUGAUUCCGGAAACACCAAGAUGGUUUGUGUCUAGAGGAAAAGAAGAUAGAGCGCGUAAAGCGUUGCAAUGGUUACGUGGAAAACAAGCUGAUGUUGAGCCAGAACUGAAAGGAAUUGUUAAAUCUCAUUGUGAUGCUGAACGUCAUGCAACACAAAAUGCAGUUUUUGAUUUAAUGAAAAGAAGUAACCUAAAACCUUUGAUGAUUUCACUUGGUUUGAUGUUCUUUCAACAAUUGUCAGGAAUAAAUGCUGUCAUAUUUUAUACGGUUUCCAUUUUUAAAGAUGCUGGCAGUACAAUUGAUGAAAAUUUAUGCACAAUCAUUGUAGGUGUAGUUAAUUUUGGAGCUGUAUUUAUGGCAACGAUUCUAAUCGACCGCUUAGGACGAAAAAUUCUGCUUUAUAUAUCAGAAGUUGCAAUGAUUAUAACCCUGAUGACAUUAGGAACGUUUUUCUAUUACAAAAAUUCUGGAAAUGACGUCUCUCAUAUUGGAUGGCUCCCUCUUGUCAGUUUUGUUCUAUAUGUCAUAGGAUUUUCGAGCGGCAUGGGCCCAAUUCCAUGGUUGAUGUUGGGUGAAAUUUUGCCGGGAAAAAUAAGAGGCUCUGCAGCAUCAGUUGCAACCGCAUUCAAUUGGACAUGUACUUUUAUUGUUACAAAAACUUUUGCUGAUAUAAUAGCUGCCAUUGGAAAUCAUGGUGCAUUUUGGUUUUUCGGAGUAAUUUGCAUUGUUGGAUUAUUCUUCACUAUAUUUUAUGUACCGGAAACUCAAGGAAAAUCUUUAGAAGAAAUCGAAAGAAAGAUGAUGGGUCGUUGUCGCAGAAUGUCAAGUGUUGCCAACAUGAAGCCACUUAGUUUUAAUAUGUAACAACCAUAGGAAAUAAUUUUGUCUGUUAUUUUAGUUUUAAAACUUUUGAUAAUUAUGGCCUGAUAAUUCUUUAAAACAGCUUAUUUCGAAUUUAACUUCAGAAUCUUUGAAUUAAUAUCACUCCAAGCUAGAAGGAAAAUAUUUUUUCUCGACAUCUCUGCGAAUUGUAACGAAAAUAUUUUCUUACAAUUACAUUAUUAAUCUGAAGUCUCUUUUGAAUUGUAUUCAUUUCUAAAAACCUUGAUUCAUCUUUUCUUAUCAUUAUUAAGCGGACAAAAAAAUGAGCUAUUUGAAUCUGAUAAAAUCAGAUAUAAAAAAAUGUAAAUGUGAUAAGUUGUAUGAGAUUUAUAUCAAACAGCUAUGAAUUUUGAUUGAAAGAGUUUACAUAAAAUAUGAACAAAAUUAUAUAAAAUUAAAAAUUGUAAUCUACAUGCUUAAUUGAAAAUAUG